GCCUUUAAAUAAAACACACGUAUUGGGCCAAGUUAUUGGGUUUAAUUGUCUAAACGACACCGUUACAUGGUUUUCUCUUCCAUCAGUUGAAGCUUACCCGCUCAUGGGAGAUUGGAUGGCCACAAGCGCACCGCACCACACAACUUAACUAAAACCAUCUCUGUUUGGGUUGCGUCCGAAUUUUCGAAUUCGAGAUUGUUGAAGAAUCUGUGUUCGGGGGUUUUUGUUGUGUUUCGUGACGAAUUGUACGGAAAAGUUGCGACCUUGAGGAAUUUCAGUUCAUGGGUUAUUGCUUUUCCCGGUGAAUUUUGCGGCAACAUGCGAAAUUGGAGCGUUUGGUUUCUCUUUUGAUUGUUCUUGCUGGUGAUAUUGUGUUGGAAAAAGAUGCAAGCUUUAAGCAUUUGGCCAUUAAAGUCUGGUCUUUUAGUUGGAUCGAGAUUGGAAUUUGAGUUGGAUUGUUCUUGUUUUGUAGUUAGCCAUAAGUCUAGAAAGAGGCAUUGUUCUGCUCAACAGGGUUGCUUUGGUAGAAUCUCUAGCUUGAUCUUGGUUUCGAGUAAUAGGAAAUUUGAAGGUUUGGCCGUUAAUCCUACCUCGAAAGUUCUGUUUCUGUGUGAGCCAAAGAGAAAUUUGUCGGGAUCAUCAGUUGGGGUGGGAUGGGCCACGGAGCAACGGGAGCUCGGGGAAGAAGUUUCCACGGAAGAUUCAAGUUAUCCACAAACUGUAAAUGGAGGAGAAAAAACCAAUUCAAGAGUUGAUGUUAGAGAAUUGGCGUAUAGUUUACGAGCUGCUAAGACAGCGGAUGAUGUGGAUAUUGUUAUCAAAGAGAUGGGAGAAUUACCUCUACAAGUCUAUUGUGCUAUGAUUAGGGGUUUUGGCAAGGACAAGAGAUUGAAGCCUGCCAUAGCGGUAGUAGAUUGGCUUAGGAGGAAGAAGAGUGAAUCAGGCGGUGUCAUAGGUCCAAACCUAUUUAUAUAUAACAGCCUUUUGGGUGCGAUGAAACAGUCGAGUGUUGGGGAAGCAGAGAAGAUACUGAGUGAUAUGGAGGAAGAAGGGAUUGUUCCAAACAUUGUUACUUACAAUACUUUGAUGGUUAUUUACAUGGAGAAAGGGGAGUUUCACAAGGCCCUUGGGAUUCUUGAUUUAGUCAAGGAAAAAGGUUUUGAGCCUAACCCGAUAACAUAUUCAACGGCUUUGCUUGUCUACAGAAGAAUGGAAGACGGUAUGGGAGCUCUCGAGUUCUUUGUUGAAUUGAGAGAGAAAUACUCAAAGAGGGAAAUAGGGAAUGACGCCGAUUACGAUUGGGAAUUUGAGUUUGUUAAGCUCGAAAAUUUCAUUGGUAGAAUAUGCUACCAAGUGAUGAGGCGGUGGCUGGUGAAAGAUGAAAACUGGACUACUAGAGUGUUGAAGCUUUUGAAUGCAAUGGACAAUGCGGGGCCUAAACCGAGUAGGGAAGAGCAUGAGAGGCUUAUAUGGGCAUGUACGCGUGAAGAACAUUAUAUUGUUGGUAAAGAGUUGUAUAAAAGAAUCAGAGAGAGGUUUCCUGAGAUAAGUCUAUCUGUCUGCAACCAUUUGAUUUGGCUGAUGGGUAAGGCUAAGAAAUGGUGGGCAGCGUUAGAGAUCUACGAGGAUCUUCUUGACGAAGGACCUGAACCUAACAAUUUGUCUUACGAAUUAGUGGUCUCUCAUUUCAAUAUUUUGCUGAGUGCAGCUAGUAGGAGAGGGAUAUGGAGAUGGGGAGUUAGGCUACUUAACAAAAUGGAAGAUAAAGGAUUGAAACCGCAGAGCAGACAUUGGAACGCGGUUCUUGUAGCGUGUUCAAAAGCCUCUGAAACCACAGCUGCGAUCCAAAUCUUUAAAGCAAUGGUUGACAAUGGUGAAAAGCCAACAGUAAUCUCAUACGGUGCGCUGCUCAGUGCUCUUGAGAAAGGGAAGUUAUAUGAUGAGGCGUUUCGAGUUUGGAACCAUAUGAUUAAGGUAGGGAUUGAGCCAAAUCUUUACGCAUACACGACAAUGGCUUCAGUUUUGACAGGACAGCAAAAAUUCAAUCUUUUGGAUACCCUUCUCAAGGAAAUGGCAUCAAAAGGUAUUGAGCCGAGCGUUGUGACUUACAACGCAGUUAUAAGCGGUUGCGCGAGGAACGGGUUAAGUGGUGUGGCUUACGAGUGGUUUCACAGAAUGAGAGGUGAGAAGGUCGAGCCUAAUGAGAUAACCUACGAGAUGUUGAUCGAGGCUCUUGCGAAUGAUGCAAAGCCAAGGCUUGCUUAUGAGUUACAUUUGAAGGCUCAAAACGAUGGGCUUAAGCUCUCUUCUAAGCCAUACGAUGCGGUUGUUAAAUCAGCUGAAACUUAUGGAGCCACCAUUGAUCUUAAUCUGUUGGGUCCUCGACCACACAAAGAGAAGAGAGCUUAGUCUGAUACAAUAUUGUACAAGAAUAAUUUUUAUGACAUGCUUAAACAGACUUGGGGUUGAGUUUUUAAUUCUGAUUAAUCAGUAUAAAAAGAUAUUUCGUCGGUA